AUGGCUUCCAAUACCGCCCUUCCCCGCAUCCGAGCAUGUCUCUUCGACAUGGACGGCUUGCUGAUUGACUCAGAGGAUCUGUACACCGUGAUCACAAAUGAGAUCCUCCAGAAAUACGGCAGACCCUUGCUGCCGUGGUCAAUCAAGGCCCAAAUGCAGGGUCGUCCCGCGCCAGAGGCCGGCAAAAUCUUCCACGACUUUGCCCAGCUCCCCAUCAGUGACGAGCAGCUGAACGAGGAGCGCACAGCACUGCAACGACACUACUUCCCAAAGUCCCAACCUCUCGCCGGUGUGCCCGCUCUGCUGUCCAAUCUGGUAUCCACGCAGUCCACCGAUGAGCCCGUGUACAUUGCGCUAGCGACCUCGUCGCACAGAGCCAACUACAAGUUAAAGACCGACCAUCUGACUGAGCUAUUCUCGCGAUUCCCAGAAGCUAACAAGGUUCUCGGUGACGAUCCCCGUAUCGGUAAGGGGCGAGGCAAGCCUCUUCCGGAUAUCUACUUGCUUGCGCUGGAGACCAUCAACGCAGACCUGCGUAGCAAGGGAAAGACAGAGAUUAAGCCUGAGGAGUGUCUUGUGUUCGAGGAUGCCGUGCCAGGCGUUGAGGCUGGUCGCCGUGCUGGCAUGCAGGUUGUCUGGUGUCCCCACCCGGGUCUCCUUGAAGCCUUUGCGGGCCGGGAAGAAGAGGUGCUUGCUGGGAUCACUGGUUCGCAUAAGGAGGAGGAGAAAUCGGAUGCUGAGAAGGAGGCAGAGGAACUUCAGGCUUGGCGCGUUCAGGGUGCUGGUAUGCCCGGGAAGAUUGGUGAUGGCUUUGGUCAGCUCUUUUCUACUUUGGAAGACUUCCCGUAUGAGAAGUAUGGCAUCCGGAUACCUUGA